CGACGCGUCUCUCUUUCAUUGUACUACUGUGUAUUGUCUGAUACGCAGUAUACACAGCUAACUAAGUGGCAAUGAACAAUUGUCAAGGCUAAGUGGCAAACCCCGGAUGGCGAACCCUCCAGAUACUCGCAUGCUGCUGCCUGCCAAGUGGCACCUACUAUUUGCCACCAUGCUCAACGACCAUUUCAAUGACCAUGGGCAGCAGAACUACUGUUUUAGUGUGACAAGAAGGAUUUUGUCACUUUCGCCCCCCUCCCGGAUGCGUAUGGUAAGUGGCAAUGCUCUAUUUCAACCCAUUGGGUGAGAGAUAAGAAGUCGAAGGAGUAGCCUCCAAAUCGAUAGCUACUUUGAGAAGCACAGAAAAAGAAGACGCGAGAUAAGAUAUGCUGUGCAACAACGGCGAAUAUCUGGAUUCGCAGUCCCUCUUCCGGCGUCGCCCCUUGAUACGCCGUGCUGUGAUACGACGUCCACCUCCUUCCGGUUUGUUAUCUUGUGGGACUGGCAAGCUCAUUUCCAGCUCUUCUCAGGAACACAGUUCCGGAGACGUAAAGCUGCGCAUCCUCGAGGCGACAACUUGCCACCGCCAGGUAACCGGAAAGCACUUGACUUCAAUGGUACAAACUAGGCAAAUGAAGCAGGAGCGGGAAUUUAAUCAACUUCUACUGUUACUUGGUAGUCGGCCUCUUCGGGCUAAGGGAAGUUCUGACAAGAGACGAUGGUCGAGCUGGCUUUCUUUAGGUGGGACGUGGGUCUGUUGCCGGCAAGCUCGCCGGACACUGAAAAUAACCCCCCACCGGGCGCGCUGAAAGUUGGUUCGACGUGAAUCGACCGUCGCAGUCAGGCAGCUCUAUAUAGGUCUUGGAAACAACGGAAGAGAAGGAUGGAUUAGAAGUGAUGAAAUUUUGGAAAACGAUUAAAACUAGAGCCCGAGGCCGUAUCGGCUGUUUUCUGGGGUCCUUAAUCCGUCAACACAUACAGGCGAGUAACUGCAUACCUCAAUCGAAAUGCAGGCGAUGCUAUCGCCCUUUUCUUG